GUCAUUGGGUCCAUCACUGUCUUUUACCACUUCUCUUAUAAAAAGCGCUUGCUUCGUACCUCACAUGAUUAGUCUUCAGACACAGAGAGGUCCAAGGAAAACAGAGACACACCCAGAGAAAAAAGAGAAGGAAAAUAAAGGAGAAUUUUUUUAUUUUUAUUUUUUAUUUUUUGGGAAAUAUUGGGGGUUUUGUGAUGGCUGUAGUUGGAUCAAGAUGGGGAAUUUUGAAAUCAAUACUAAUUGUCUUUUGCAAUUAUCUCUUUGCAUUUGCGUUUGUUUCUGCAGAAAGAAGCUUGAAGCAUGACGCUUCAAGAUUCAAUUCCACAAAAGAGACCUCUCCUAAUUACCUUGUCAGAGCCAUGGAAUUUCUUUGGCAACCUGAUCAACCAGUUUAUGAGCAUGUUUGGCCCGAGCUGGAAUUUGGAUGGCAAAUAAUUGCUGGCACCAUAGUUGGGUCAUUUGGAGCUGCAUUUGGGAGUGUAGGUGGUAUAGGUGGUGGUGGUAUUUUUGUCCCAAUGCUAAGCAUUAUUAUUGGGUUUGAUCCCAAAUCAGCAACGGCUAUGUCGAAGUGUAUGAUAAUGGGUGCAGCAGGAACAACAGUCUACUAUAACCUAAAACAAAGGCAUCCCACCCUUGAUUUGCCUAUCAUUGACUAUGACUUGGUGCUUAUUAUCCAACCAAUGCUUAUGCUGGGAAUUAGCAUUGGAGUAGCUUUCAGUGUGGUCUUUGCAGAUUGGAUGCUUACUGUUCUGCUUCUCAUUCUUUUUAUAGGUACUUCAUUGAAGGCCUUCUUUAAGGGUGUCGAGACAUGGAAAGCAGAGACCGUCAUGCAAAAGGAGCUUGCUAAGCGGUUGGAGUCAAACAAUGCAGGUAGUGGUAUUGGAGAGGUAGAAUACAAGCCUCUUCCUAGUAACCCUCAAAUAGAUACCAAAAAGAAACAGGUUGGUAUGCUUCAAAACAUCUACUGGAAAGAACUAGGACUUCUCGUCUUCGUUUGGGUUUCUUUUUUAGCUCUCCAGAUUGCCAAGAAUUCUUCAACUACUUGUUCCACGGCGUACUGGAUAUUGAACUUGUUACAGAUCCCAAUAUCUGUAGGGGUAUUCUCGUAUGAGGCAGUGGGGCUUUAUAAGGGAACGAGGGUAAUUUCGUCAAGAGGAGACCUAGAAUCAAAUUGGCCACUAAGAAAGAUCAUUUUCUGCGCCUGCUGUGGUUUGGUGGCUGGAAUGGUUGGAGGACUUCUUGGAAUUGGUGGUGGAUUCGUUAUGGGUCCUCUUUUCUUGGAGCUAGGAGUUCCCCCUCAGGUGGCAAGUGCUAGUGCGACAUUUGGAAUGACGUUCUCGUCGUCAAUGUCAGUGGUAGAAUACUACCUUCUAAAUCGUUUCCCAGUUCCUUACGCAAUAUAUUUUAUAGCUGUGGCUGCUAUAGCUGCAUAUAUAGGCCAAAAAAUCAUGACUAAAGUGAUUGCUAUAUUUGGAAGAGCGUCUCUUAUCAUCUUCGUUCUUGCUUUUACCAUUUUUGUCAGUGCCGUUUCACUAGGCGGCGUGGGCAUAGCAAAGAUGAUCGGGAAGAUCCAGCGACAUGAAUACAUGGGAUUCGAAGAUCUAUGCAAGUAUGAUGGACUCAGCCUCGGCAUAGAAAACUUGUUUCGUCGGAUUUUGUAAAUUUAAUUAAUUAAUUAUUUUUCCGCAAUUGGUUUGCUCCGUGGCACUCCAUGUUUCCACGUUUUUUCUUUUUUCUUUUUUCUUUUUGUAUAAUUGUCGUUUUCUUUCUAUGAACGAUUUUUGUUAAGCAUUCAAAAAAUUGAGAAAAAUUGGACCGCGGGAUCCAUUGAGAAGAUUCCUUUUUAUUUUA